AUGGCGGACAGCGCCCCCAGUGACAUGACUGUCCCGGACGGCAUUGACUUCAACCAUCCUUACACACCUUAUGAUGUGCAGACUGAUUUCAUGAAAGCGGCCUAUGGCGUAUUGCAGCAGGGAAAUGGACAGGUCGGCAUCCUUGAGAGCCCAACAGGCACGGGCAAAUCGCUUUCGCUCAUUUGCGCUUCAUUAACAUGGUUGCGGAAUCAGCGUGUUGAGGAACACGAGGCAUCCCUCAAAGUCAACAUGGACGACUUCAAGGAUGAGCCCGACUGGAUUGUGGAGCAAAUGCUGCGCCGGAAAAGAGAUGAACUCGCCCGCACCUGGGAAGAGCGAGAGAAGAAGCUGGAACAGAUCCGUCAAAAAGAACAGGCUAUUGAAGCUCGCAGCGCCAAGCGACGCCGCUUUGACGAUGGCCCCUCGAGAUCGAAGCCUCGUGCUCUCGAAGUUGAGGAGGAUGCCGAAUUCUUGCUUGAUGAGCCAGACGCAGCCGGGUCGGCCAAUGGCGGCGAUGCCAUGAGUGGUCUGAGCAAAGAGACAAAAGACAUCCUAUCCAGGUUCGGCUUGGGAAGUCUCAACGCCAAUCAAGAGGAGGACAAGGUCGAGGACGGAGUCAAGAUAUACUACACAUCAAGAACGCACUCGCAACUCACCCAAUUCAUCCAUGAACUGCGACGACCAUCCUUCCCAUCAUCCGUACCUCAGUCGAUUGUGCGACGCCAAAGUGAAGACGACCACCCUGCCAAAGAAGCAGUCAAACACCUGCCCCUAUCGUCACGCCAGAAACUCUGCAUCAACCCCUCCGUAUCGCGCCUUGGCAGCUUAUCCGCCAUUAAUGACCGUUGUGCGGAACUCCAAAAGCCAAAGUCAAAGGACAAGUGCCCUCACGUCUUGAAAGAAGAUAAUAUUGCCGAGACGCAUCAGUUCAGGGACACCGCCCACGCCAUGUUGCCUGACAUCGAAGACCUGUAUCAUCUGGGGAAGAAGCUGUCUAUCUGUCCGUACUAUGCAUCACGCGCGGCGAUUGCUGGUGCCGAGAUCGUCACUUUACCAUACCCCUUGCUGCUACAGAAGAACGCAAGAGAUGCACUCGGCAUCAAGCUAGAGGGCAACGUUGUUAUUGUCGACGAGGCGCACAAUAUCAUGGACGCUGUAGCCAACGUAUAUGCAUCCGAGGUGAAGCUGAGCGAGCUGAGGAGGGCACGACAGAUGCUCGGUAUCUACGUCAAGAAGUUUGGCAAGAAGCUGAAGGGAGAGAACCGAGUCAUGGUCGGGCAGGUGGGCAGAGUCGUCGAGGGUCUCAGCGAGUGGAUGGACGGGCAAUUGAAGGCCAAGAGUACCCAGGGCAUCGUCGACUCCAAAGUUCUCCUCCGCUGCAAGGGAGUGGAUCAGAUCAAUCUGUUCCGCCUGAUUCAGUACAUCCAGGAGUCAAAACUCGCCUACAAGAUUGAGAGCUACGUAGCCCAUGUCGAAGAGGAAGCCUCCGAUGCAGGCCACGUCAAGGCAUCACCGAGAUCUUCCACGCCUGUCCUACACAUAUUAUCCUCCUUCCUGAUAUCUCUCACCAACCUUAGCUCCGAGGGACGCAUUUUCUACGAGAAGCUCACUACGAACCCGCCAGAUAUCCAACUUUCCUACCUGCUACUGUCACCAACGCACGCCUUCUCAACCAUUGCCACGAGCGCCAGAGCGGUCAUCCUCGCCGGCGGCACUAUGUCUCCAUUUGACGACUACAAGGACCAUCUCUUUCCCUAUCUUUCCACCUCGAAACUUACGACCCUCAGCUGCGGGCACGUCAUUCCCCCCUCUAACCUCUGUGUCUGGACCCUGGCAGGCACACAGCCCGGCCCAAAUCGGGACACCAAUUCCACAUUCGAGUUCAGCUUCCAGCGCAGGGCUGACAAGGCCAUGGUAAGCCAGCUGGGUCUGGCCAUCUUGAACAUGUGCAACGUCGUGCCUGAUGGUGUGGUCGUGUUCUUCCCCAGUUAUGGGUACCUCGAUGAAGUCGUUGCAAUUUGGGAUAGCCGGACUGUUGGGGAGCCCAAGUCAAUGUGGCAGCGCCUUCAGGAAAGAAAACAGGCAUUCAAAGAAACCCGCGGCGGAUCCAGCGACGAGGUGCUGGAGGCGUACAGCCAAGCCAUUUUAGGUGAUGAAACCGACAGAAUACCGGGAGCGCCACCCAAACCUCGAGGUGCCCUGCUACUCAGUGUAGUCGGCGGUAAGAUGAGCGAGGGCAUCAACUUCUCCGAUCGCCUGGGCCGCUGCGUCAUUAUCGUAGGUCUGCCAUACCCAAACAUCAACUCUCCCGAAUGGAAGGCCAAGACGGAAUACAUCGAGACCACGACUGUCCAACGACUGACGGAUCCCGCGGGCGCGACGAAGAUGUCGAGAGACGAGGCGUUGGUGGUCGCGAAACAGGCGGCUAGGGACUUUUACGAGAACGCUUGUAUGCGAGCCGUCAACCAGAGUAUCGGGCGGGCCAUCAGGCACAUGGGUGACUAUGCAGCCAUCGUACUUGUGGAUCGCAGGUAUGGAACGGAGAGGAUCCGGGGCAAGCUUCCUGGGUGGAUUCGGGGCGGUAUGAAUGGUGAUAGUCACGAGAAGGGGCUGCCUCAACUGAUGGGAGCCCUGAGUGGGUUCUUUCGGUCGAAGAGGACUGGAGCAUCGUGA